GAAGCCCUGACUACAACUGUAGCCACAACAAUACCUGCAGCCCUUCCAAUAAUUGCAGCUCCCUCUACAACUGCAGCACCGACAACAACAGCAGCCUCCACUACAACUGAAACCCCCACUACAACUGCAGCUCCCACAACAACUGAAGACCCACCUACAACUACUACAACUACAGCCUCGACUACAACAACUGUAGCCCCCACAACAACUGAAGCCCUAACUACAACUGAAGCCCUGACUACAAAUAGAGCUCAAACAACAACUGCAGCCCCUAUAACAACUGAAGCUCUGACUAGAACUGUAGCCCCCACAACAACUGAAGCCCCGACUACAACUGCAGCCCCGACUACAACUGAAGCCCCGACUACAACUGAAGCCCCCACAACAACUGAAGCCCCGACCACAACUGCAGGUCCCACAACAACUUCAACCCCCACAACAACUGCAGCCCCGUCUACAACUGAAGCCCAAACAACAACUGCAGCCCCCACUACAACUGCAGCCCCAACUACAGCUGAAGCCCCGACAACAACUGAAGCCCAAACAACAACUGCAGCCCCCACUACCACUGAAGCACUGACUACAACUGCACCCCCAACUACAACUGAAGUCCUGACUACAACUGCCGCCCCCACAACAACUUCAACCCCAACAACAACUCAAGCCUUGACUACAAGUGCAGCCCCCACUACAACUGAAGUCUUGUCUACAACUGCAGCCCCCACAACAACUGCAGCCCUGACUACAACUGCAGCCCCCACAACAACUGCAGCUCAAACAACAACUGCAGCCCCUACAACAACAGUAGCUCCCUCUACAACUGCAGCACCGACAACAACAGCAGCACUGACAACAACAGCAGCCCAGACUACAACAGCAGCCCAGACUACAACUGCAGCCCCGACUACAACUGCAGCUCUGACUACAACUGCAGCUCCGACUACAACUGAAGCCCCCACAAGAACUGAAGCCGUAACUACAAUUGAAGCUCUGACUACAACUGUAGCCCCCACAACAACUGAAGCCCCGACUACAACUGAAGCCCAAACAACAACUGCAGCCCCCACUACAACCGAAGCCCUGACUACAAAUGCAGCCCCCACUACCACUGAAGCCCUGACUACAACUGCAGCCCCCACAACAACUGAAGUGCUGACUACAACUGCAGCCCCCACAACAACUUCAACCCCAACAACAACUCAAGCCUUGACUACAAGUGCAGCCCCCACUACAACUGAAGUCCUGUCGACAACUGCAGCCCCCACAACAACUGAAGCCCUGACUACAACUGCAGCCCCCACAACAACUGAAGCCCCGGCUACAACUUCAACCCCUACAACAACUGAAGCCCCGACUACAACUGCAGCUCAAACAACAACUGAAGCCUUGACUACAAUUGCAGCCCCCACUACAACUGAAGUCCUGUCUACAACUGCAGCCCCCACAACAACUGAAGCCCUGACUACAACUGCAGCCCCCACAACAACUGAAGUCCUGACUACAACAAUUGUUGCCACCACAACAACUGAAGCCCUAACUACAACUGAAGCCCUGACUACAACUGCAGCACCGACAACAACAGCAGCCCAGACAACAACUGCAGCCCAAACUACAACAGCAGCCCAGACUACAACAGCAGCCCAGACCAUAACUGCAGCCCCCACAACAACUGAAGCCCCGGCUACAACUGCAGUCCCCACAACAACUGCAGCCCCGACUACAACUGCAGCUCAAACAACAACUGAAGCCCUGACUACAACUGUAGCCCCAACAACACCUGCAGCCCUUCCAAUAAUUGCAGCUCCGACUACAACUGCAGCCCCUACAACAACAGUAGCUCCCUCUGCAACUGCAGCACCGACAACAACAGCAGCCCAGACUACAACAGCAGCCCAGACUACAACUGCAGCCCAGACUACAACUACAGCCCAGACUACAACAGCAGCCCAGACUACAACUGCAGCCACCACUACAACUGAAGCCCUGACUACAACUGAAGCCCCGCCUACAACUACUAUAACUACAGCCUCGACUACAACAACUGUAGCCCCCACAACAACUGAAGCCCUAACUACAACUGAAGUCCUGACUACAACUGUAGCCCCCACAGCAACUGAAGCCCUGACUACAACUGCAGCCCCCACAAUAACUGAAGCCCUGACUACAACUGUAGCCCCCACAGCAACUGAAGCCCUGACUACAACUGCAGCCCCCACAAUAACUGAAGCCCUGACUACAACUGUAGCCCCAACAACACCUACAGCCCCCACUACAACAGUAAACCCCACGACAGCUGCAGCCCUUCCAAUAACUGCAGCUCCCACUAUAACUGCAGCCCCUACAACAACGGUAGCUCCCUCUACAACUGCAGCACCGACAACAACAGCAGCCCAGACUACAACAGCAGCCCAGACCACAAUUGCAGCCCCCACUACAACUGCAGCUCCCACUACAACUGAAGCCCCGACUACAACUACUACCGCUACAGCCUCGACUACAACAACUGUAGCCCCCACAACAACUGAACCCCUGACUACAACUGCAGCCCCCACAACAACUGUAGCCCUGACUACAACUGCAGCCCCCACAACAACUGAAGCUCUGACUACAACUGUAGCCCCCACAACAACUGAAGCCCUGAUUACAACUGCAACCCCGACAACAACUGCAGCUCCAACUACAACAUCAGCCCAGACUACAACUGCAGCCCCCACUACAACUGCAGCUCCCACUACAACUGCAACCCCCACUCCAACUGCAGCUCCCACAACAACUGAAGCCCCGACUACAACUACUACAGCUACAGCCUCGACUACAACAACUGUAGCCCCCACAACAACUGAACCCCUGACUACAACUGCAGCCCCCACAACAACUGAAGCCCUGACUACAACUGCAGCCCCCACAACAACUGAAGCUCUGACUACAACUGCAGCCCCCACUACAACUGCAGCUCCCACUACAACUGCAGCCCCCACUACAACUGCAGCUCCCACAACAACUGAAGCCCCGACUACAACAACUACAACCACAGCCUCGACUACAACAACUGUAGUCCUCACAACAACUGCAGCCCCUACAAAUCCGCCAUCAGUAAACGAGGGUGUCCAGAACCUUUUUUUCAGAAUCAUUAGAGCUUUUGUAGAUGCAUUGUUAAACCAAAACUCUCCUGAAUUCCAGGAUCUAGCACGUCUUAUCGUUAGACAGUUGAACCGUGCCUAUCGCAGAAGAUACCCCAGAACCUACAGGAGGUGUAGGGUUCGACGGUUCAGGCGUGGGCGUCCUUUGUCUACUGUUGUUAACCGGAUGGACACCAUAGAAGUAGACACAGAACUGAUAUUUGCCAACCAGUCUGUGGUUCCAAACGUGACCGAGACAGAAACAGCCCUUCAGGAGGCCAUUAAUGAUUCAACUGUUGACUUGAACGUCAUUCCAUCCAGCAUUAAUGCAGAAGACACAAACACCACCAUAACUACAACUACAACAAGCAGUGCCAUGGCAGCAAACAAACCCCAGGAAGUCAUCAGUUUUCUGUUCCCUCUUAUUCUUGUCAUUUACUAUCUGUUAACAGGCUCCCUUGGUUUUAGCCAGAUAAAUAUAUAAGCCUUUAUCAUUUUGACACUUGAUGCUACUCUAUGACUGAUAACUUGUUUUAACAGAUUUCUUUAAACAAAAGUGCAUAUCCUUCACUGAGUGCCUCAUUGAGCCAUUGAUGUGUGUGUGUAUACAUAUACAUAUUUUUCACACUUUGAGUACAACAAAGAGGCUUUUAAAACUGGAAUCAGGGUGGGAAACCAAAUCAAGUCCUAAUGGUUUGAAUGAAGAACUGCUCCUUCACCCCAUUUACUUACCUUAUUUUACAGUAAGUCUAGACUUUCUUUUUUCAUAGAUGUUUACAUA